UAGGGAUGUUCUAAGAUUUUUGUGGAUCUCCAGCUUAGACGACCCAUCAGAUAUAGCAGUUUUUCGUUUUACCAGAGUUAUGUUUGGUGUCAACUGUAGUCCUUUUCUUCUAAAUGCCACAGUGCGUACUCAUUUGGAACAGUUUGUGGACGAGUACACCGAGAUAGUACCAAAGCUAAUGGAUGCGAUAUAUGUGGACGACGUAGUCAGUGGUGCUCACACUGAAGAAGCAACAGAGGAAAUUUUUUACACCACAAAACAACUAUUGAGCAAGGCAGGUUUCAAUCUUAGAAAAUUUAUCUCUAAUAGUGAAGUACUACAGCAGAAAGUUGAGUUACAGGAAGAAAGAGCAAAGAAUGACAAAGGGGAAUCAUAUGCUAAAUUAGCUAUAGGUAAAACAGUGGAGCCUGUGAAAGGAGAAGCUUUCAGUAGGCUUACCAAACUAUUGAGGUUAACGUCAUUGGUAUUGAAGGUGAUUGGGAAAAUGUGUAAGAUUGAAGCAAAUGAAACAGAUGAUAGGAGGAGAGCAGAACAGAUAUGGAUCAAAGAAGCUCAAAAGACGGUUAUGAAUGAUAUGUUAUUUCAGGAAUGGAAAGUUCAAUUUGCUCUGUUUGAAGGUAAGGAUGGAAUAUGGAGAUGUAGCGGACGAUUGGGCAACUCAAAUAUGACAGAAGAAAGCAAGUACCCUAUAUUGCUUCCACGACAGCAUCAUUUCACACAACUGGUCAUAGUCAAAGCACAUGAGAGAGUGAUGCACAAUGGAAUUAAAGACACUCUGACGGAGGUACGGUCACAAUAUUGGAUAAUUAGAGGACGAUCCCUAAUAAAGAAGCUGUUGCAUAAAUGCAAAACAUGUAGAGUAAUUCAGUCACGGCACUUACAGGCACCACCACCACCACUGCCCUCAUUUAGAGUUCAAGAGACUCCACCGUUUGUACAUACUGGGGUAGAUUAUGCAGGACCCCUGUUUGUGAAGGAGAAGGAAAAGGAUGCUUGCAAGCAGAAAGUUUGGAUAUCACUUUUCACUUGUUGUGUAACGAGAGCAGUUCACUUGGAGCUAGUAAAUGAUUUAACAUCCCAGGCUUUCAUAAGGUGUUUCAAAAGGUUCACUGCAAGGAGAGGAGUUCCAGCAUUAGUAGUAUCAGACAAUGGAACAACCUUUAAAGGUGCCAGUAAAAUAUUAGAAAAAAUUAUUGAAAGGACAGAAGUACAGCACCAUUUUGGAGAUCUAGCUAUACGCUGGACUUACAAUGUAGAGCGCGCCCCCUGGUGGGGAGGGCUCUUUGAGAGAUUAGUGCAAUCAACAAAAAGAUGUUUGAGGAAGUACAUAGGAAAGGCGAAAUUAACCCAUGAAGAAUUGAUGACAGUAACUAUAGAAGUAGAAGCAGUGUUAAACUCCAGGCCACUAACAUAUAUUACCACAUUUCAAGAUGGUGAGCCACUUACACCAUCACACCUACUAACAGGGAAAAGGAUAUUAAGCCUACCGGAUCAUCUAGGGUACAAGGAGCUGGUAAAUCAAAGCUAUGAUACAGAAGUAAGAAGGAGAAUGGAAUAUUUAGAUACAGUAUUGAAAGGGUUUUGGAAGAAAUGGCAUAUGGAAUACUUACGAGAACUACGGGAAAGACAGCGGAUUAGGGCAAGGAACAGCAGGACUACGCCUAUAUCUGUAGGGGACAUUGUAAUAGUACACGAAGACAACGUACCGCGCAAUUUCUGGAAACUAGGAAGAGUAGAGGACACAAUCACAGGAAAAGAUGGAAUCACUAGAGCAGCAGUAGUCAAAGUACACUUUAAAGAUGGCAAGACAAAGCUUCUGAAUAGACCUAUUCAGAGGCUAUACCCAUUAGAAAUACAGGACUCUCAAGAUGGAUCUCAGGACUCUCAAGAUGGAUCUAAGGACUCUCAAGAUGGAUCUCAGGACUCUCAAGAUGGAUCUAAGGACUCUCAAGUCAGACAUCGAUCUCAGGACUCUCAAGAUGGAUCUAAGGACUCUCAAGAUGGAUCUCAGGACGCUCAAGAUGGAUCUCAGGACUCUCAAGAUGGAUCUAAGGACUCUCAAGUCAGACAUCGAUCUAAGGACUCUCAAGAUGGAUCUAAGGACUCUCAAGUCAGACAUCGAUCUCAGGACUCUCAAGAUGGAUCUAAGGACUCUCAAGUCAGACAUCGAUCUCAGGACUCUCAAGAUGGAUCUAAAGACUCUCAAGAUGGAUCUAAGGACUCUCAAGAUGGAUCUCAGGACGCUCAAGUUGGAUCUCAGGACUCUCAAGAUGGAUCUAAGGACUCUCAAGAUGGAUCUCAGGACUCUCAAGAUGGAUCUAAGGACUCUCAAGUCAGAUGUCGAUAUAAGGACUCUCAUGAGGGAUCUCAGGACCCUCAAAUCAGACGCUCUCAAGGCAAACCCCUCACAUCACGAUCUAGACGUGUAGCAGCACAACAAGCAAGGGAUAAGAUGUUAGCUCGAUCGUUGAUAUAACUACUUUAUGUCAUCUAUUGUGAGUACUCUUAUCAUAUGGAACUGUAACAAUUAAUAGUAUUAUUAUCUUGUUAUUAAUAAGACUAUAAAUUAUUUACCAUUUUUGUUACCAGUUAUAGGCCGGAUCACUACUAUUUAUUACUUAUUACUGAGUUGUGGUCUUUAUUAUUAUCUUUCUAUUGUUUGUGUCUAUUGGCUGACCUUGGUCAGCCAAGGGGGGAGUGUGUUGGGAACUAUUAUUAUUUAGUAUACUUUUUUUGUGAGACACACUGCGCAUGCGCAGUGUGUCAUUGUUAUAUAAUACAGUACGAAUAACACGAGUUCUUCUCUAAAGGUGCCAUUAUAGAAGUAGCGGCGGUACAGCCAGCAAUCCGAGGGAGCGCGUCAGACCUAUAUACAGUCCUCCAUUUAGAUCGGUGUACCAAAGAGCUCGUAACCU